AAGGAGGGGCGCUAAAACACCUUUAUGCAGCCUGUGAAUAAGCUUUUAAUCCUGCUUUUAACUGUUUAAGUUUAUACAGAAAAGAUACAGAAACUGCCCAGCAAUAAAGGAGGAAAUUAACUGAUUCCAUCAAUGAUCAGUAGUUAAGCUCAAUAAUGGAAUAACUAAACUAUAGCCUUAAAAAUGAGCGCUGAGUAUGAGCAGAAAGCCUCACUUCCGACACUGAUUUACUGAUUAACCUGGCAGUGCUAAUUAAUGAUAUUUAAAGUUCUCAGAUGUAUAUUUCAGUUCUUUUUUUGUACCACAGCACAUAUAAGUGACAUAGUUUUCCUUUUUAGAAAUAAAACCUUUUUAUAAAACUUAAAAACGUCUACAGGCUGCUUUGCUUUUAGAAGCAGGAUUACUUCACUGAGCCUCCAGACGUGAGGCCCGUUUUUUUGGUUGGACCAUUUCCACUUAAAUCCACAGACAAUCCAGUGUUCAAAGAGCCCUUUUUCCUCAUAAAUAACAGCGGAAAACACAAGGGUCUGUAAACACAGCAGCAGCUGGUUAUAAACUCCUCCCUGGAUCACAUGUAACACGGGGGAAAGGUUCAGGCUAUGCAAUGUACCAUCGAAUGAUGAUAGUGGUUAUUAAGAACAAGCGGUGCGACUUGUGAACGGAUGUUUUCAUUUUCUCCAGGUAGACUGGUAAGAUUUUAUUGUUAGUUUUAAUGGUUUGUGUGUGCUGAGGGUGUAUUACUGGUGUUUGGACUAUUUAGAAAAUUACUAAAGUAAUGUUUUGUAUUAAUCUAGUAAAUCUUUUUGUUAAUCAUUAGAGGGUUAAUUAAGCAGCAUCCUUCUCACUUGAUUGAUAAGAUAUGGUAUUAUCUCUUUUAAUAUAUCUUUUUUUUAAGUACAUAAGGGAGUAAGGAAAAUACUUUUAACUAUUUUGCAUCAUUAAAUGGGAUAUCCCAUCCUGCCUUUAUUGACCUAGCCCCAGCUGACAGUGUAAGCAAAGCAUUGCGAUGACAGAGUAGCAUCAUGCAGUGUUGAGCUGUCUGCCCAUAGCUCUUUAGGUCAAUAAAAGGAGUUCUGUGUGCCAAACAAGCUGGGUUUUGCUAAGCAAAGUUAGAGAAAACUCUGGAGAGGCAUUUGACUGCUCAUGUGGAAGCCAGCUCCAGUCAUGUGCUAGUCCUUCUCUGAUCAGCGCCUAAUGAGUGGGGAGUUAUGACGUCCUGCUAAGCCUGUGUGAUGGUCCUACAGCCUCAGACUGAGAACUGCAGCUUAGGUUGAAGAAUUUAACCUUAUAAGUUGUUAUUUUCCCACAUGUGUCUCAACUCUCAUGGUUUGGGACAUGUGAAAACCAGCAAAGCGUUGUACUGUGAGCUCAACUCUGUGGCAGGUUCAGCACUCAGCUGCACAAUGGCUAACUGGGACUAUGACUAUCUGAUCAAGCUGCUGGCUCUGGGGGACUCGGGAGUGGGAAAAACCACCUUCCUCUACAGGUACACUGACAACAAGUUCAACCGCAAAUUCACAACCACAGUGGGCAUCGACUUCAGGGAAAAGAGAGUGGUUUAUACGGGGACAGGUGUAGAUGGGGCAACUGAGAAGAACUUCAGAGUUCACCUUCAGCUCUGGGACACAGCAGGACAAGAGAGAUUCCGCAGCCUCACCACAGCUUUCUUCCGAGAUGCCAUGGGAUUCCUGUUGAUGUUUGACUUGACCAAUCAGCAAAGUUUCCUCAAUGUCAGAAACUGGAUGAGUCAGCUGCAGGCCAACGCGUACUGUGAGAGUCCAGAUGUGGUGUUGGUGGGCACCAAGGCAGACGUCAGAGACAUGAGAAGUGUUCACGCCAGGCAAGCCAGAGAUCUGGCAGACAGAUAUGGCAUCCCUUACUUUGAGACAAGUGCAGUGACGGGUGCUGAUGUGGAGCUGGCGGUGACCACCCUGCUGGAUUUGGUGAUGAAGAGGAUGGAGCAGAGCACAUACGGGGGCCAAGGCUCAGAACCCAAUGGGAGUCCUGUCUCCAGCCAUGAAGUGGAGGAGGCAUCUGUAAGGAGGAGGUGUGCCUGCUGAUGUUGCAACCACCAGCUCCUCUUUUCUCUUUUACACCAUAUAUCACUGCAUUCUGAGAUCCUACCAUUUUCUCGAGAUCUACAACACUGCCUGUGAAAUGAGACGUUCAUGUACAGUGUGGGCUUAUAUUUUGCUUGGUUUUAGGAUCUCAAAUGUAGAAGAGCUUGAGAAAGUUUCAUUUAAAGCAUUAUUAUUGUUACAGUAUAACUUCGUCUUGUAUUGUUAUUUAUUCACAUACUUUGUAUUGUCAGAAACAACAUAAAAGAGAACUGCAAAAUGAAACAACUGUAUGUCCACUUAUAAAAAACUGCAGUACUAUGUAGAAGUCUUGAACCCCUUAUUUCUUUAUAUUUUGCAUCCAAGGAGCCAAACUUUCUUAUAAUGUUGGUCUUUACUUUCUGAAGGUUAUUCAAAGUUUUUCUUUGGACACUGGCUGUUUUUAACACGAUUUCAGAAGAAUGUUUUUUUAAGCCACUUUAGCCUGACUUAUAAUCAUUCAACUGUAAAAUAUGCAACUCAACAGACGAGCCAGGGUUGUGUCUACACAUAACAGACAACUUAGCAAAUAACCAGUGAAAACCUGUGUCUUUCAAGCUCUUUACGAUUGAAAACUCAAUUUUUACUUUUUAAACUGUAUUUCCAUACAUGUCUGGACAUAUUUCAAAAACAUUCCUGGCCUUUAUUCCCAUUUUCCAAGUAAAAUAGUGGUAUAAAGACUUACACAGCACUGUGAACAGGUAAAAUGUUGGCUCUUUUGACAUGUUUGUACAAACACACCACAGAUAAAGAUAUGGGUUCAAACAAAUGCCCCAGAGUAAUUUUCAUCAUUCAAAUAAAUGAUUAAAAAUAUAGAUAGAUACAAGACAGAUGAAAAAAGUAAGUACACUGAUACAUUUAUCUUUCUUUAAGUGUAAAAUAAGGUGGAUGGGUUACUAGUGUUUUGAAGAACUUUAUGCAGUGAUAUUUAAACAUGUGGUCUGUCUUAUUUAAACGUUUGACAUCUUGGGUGUGUUCUGUUUGUCAUUGAACUGUGUGGUGUCAGUAUCUGAAGAACUCUCAGACUUCCUACAGAAACCUAUGAAAUCUUUGAAAUAAUCAUUCCACUGUAAAGUAAAUCAUAUACCAGUGGCAAAUAUAGUCCUCAAAACUCAGUCAUAGUAUGUGCAGAUAACUGUGUGUGUGUGUGUGUAUGGGUUACUCCCCAUAGGGAAAUUACUCCUCUGUAUUUAACCCAUUCACCCAGUGAAGCAGUGGGCAGCCACCAAUGCAGCGCCUGGGGAGCAGUGCGUAGGGACGGUACCUUGCUCGGGGGUACCUCAGGGUAGCCGCUCUGUGGAGUCGAACCCCCGACCUUCCAAUCAUGGGGCAACCACUCUACCUACUGGGCAUACAAAAUCUAGGAAAGAGAAGACCAAAGGGUGCUUUCCAGAGGAAAGUCAUACUAAGUGUGAUGCAUGGUGUUGGAAAUUUUCUGGUCUGGGGUUGCUUUGCUGCCUCAGGCAGCUGGUAGUCAAUGAUUCCACUCAGUCACAGAUAAUGUGAGGAAAGUUGUCUAAAAGUGGAAGUUAAAAUUAUCCAAAGCCACUAACUGUAUAUAAAAGAUGGACAUAGCCUCUGGCUCUGAAUGCC